AAGUGGGAGCGCGGCGGCGGCGGCGGGGUGCGCUGCAGGGAGUGCCAGAUCCGCGGCGGACGGCUCGCGGGACCCCGGAGUCCCGGAGCCCCGACCCGCGGCGAGCGGGCGGCUGCGCCCCGGCGGCCGGCCAGCCUCCUAUUUCUCCUGCCUUCUCCCACCUCCCCGGAGGGACCAAUGAUGCCCACCAUGGUCAACGUGGACGCUCUUCCAGAAUACGAGAAGAGUCAGAUCAAGAGAGCCCUGGAGCUGGGGACAGUGAUGACCGUGUUCAGCUUCCGCAAGUCCACUCCUGAGCGGAGGACAGUGCAGGUGAUCAUGGAGACGCGGCAGGUGGCCUGGAGCAAGACUGCCGACAAAAUCGAGGGCUUCUUGGACAUCAUGGAGAUCAAGGAGAUCCGCCCGGGGAAGAACUCCAAGGAUUUCGAGCGUGCGAAAGCGGUCCGCCAGAAGGAAGACUGCUGCUUCACCAUCCUGUACGGCACCCAGUUUGUCCUCAGCACACUCAGUUUGGCAGCUGACUCUAGGGAGGACGCCAUGAAGUGGCUCUCUGGCUUGAAGAUCUUGCACCAAGAAGCGAUGAGUGCGUCCACCCCCACCAUCAUCGAGAGUUGGCUGAGGAAACAGAUUUAUUCUGUAGAUCAAACCAGAAGAAACAGCAUCAGCCUCCGAGAGUUGAAGGCCAUCUUACCCCUGGUCAACUUCAAAGUAAGCGGUGCCAAGUUCCUCAAAGAUAAGCUUGCGGAAAUUGGUGCACAUAAAGAUGAACUCAGCUUUGAACAGUUCCACCUCUUCUAUAAAAAACUUAUGUUUGAGCAGCAGAAAUCGAUUCUUGACGAAUUCAAGAAGGACUCCGCGGUGUUCAUCCUGGGCAACACUGAUCGGCCGGAUGCCUCUGCCGUCUACCUGCAGGACUUCCAGAGGUUUCUCUUACAUGAGCAGCAGGAGCUGUGGGCUCAGGAUCUGAACAAGGUCCGGGAGCGGAUGACCAAGUUCAUCGACGACACAGUGAGGGAAACUGCCGAACCCUUCUUGUUUGUGGAUGAGUUCCUCACGUACCUGUUUUCACGAGAAAACAGCAUCUGGGACGAGAAGUACGAUGUGGUGGACAUGCAGGACAUGAAUAACCCCUUGUCGCACUACUGGAUCUCCUCGUCCCACAACACGUACCUCACAGGUGACCAGCUGCGCAGCGAGUCGUCCCCGGAAGCGUACAUUCGCUGCCUGCGCAUGGGCUGCCGCUGCAUCGAACUGGACUGCUGGGACGGGCCUGACGGGAAGCCCAUCAUCUACCACGGCUGGACGCGGACCACCAAGAUCAAGUUUGAUGACGUCGUCCAGGCCAUCAAAGACCACGCCUUCGUUGCCUCCAGCUUCCCUUUGAUCCUGUCCAUCGAGGAGCACUGCUGCGUGGAGCAGCAGCGCCACAUGGCCAAGGUCUUCAAGGAGGUGUUUGGCGACCAGCUGCUGACAAAGCCCACGGAGGCCAGUGCCGACCAGCUGCCGUCGCCCAGCCAGCUGCGGGAGAAGAUCAUCAUCAAGCAUAAGAAGCUGGGCCCUCGAGGUGACGUUGAUGUCAAUGUGGAGGACAAGAAAGAAGAGCGCAAGCAGCAGGGUGAACUGUACAUGUGGGAUUCCAUCGACCAGAAAUGGACUCGGCACUACUGCGCCAUUGCCGAUGCCAAGCUGUCCUUCAGUGACGACAUUGAACAGACUGUGGAGGAUGAACUGCCCCAGGACACGCCCCCCACGGAGCUGCACUUUGGGGAGAAAUGGUUCCACAAGAAGGUGGAGAGAAGGACGAGCGCCGAGAAGCUGCUGCAGGAGUACUGCGCCGAGAGCGGCGGCAAGGACGGCACCUUCCUGGUGCGCGAGAGCGAGACCUUCCCCAACGACUACACCCUGUCCUUCUGGCGGUCGGGCCGCGUGCAGCACUGCCGGAUCCGCUCCACCACCGAGGGCGGGGUCCUCAAGUACUACCUGACCGACAACCUCACCUUCGACAGCAUCUACGCGCUCGUCCAGCACUACCGCGAGUCGCACCUGCGCUGCGCCGAGUUCGAGCUGCGGCUCACCGACCCCGUGCCCAACCCCAACCCGCACGAGUCCAAGCCCUGGUACUAUGACAGGCUGAGCCGUGGAGAAGCAGAGGACAUGCUGAUGAGGAUUCCCCGUGAUGGAGCCUUCCUCAUCCGGAGACGGCGGGAGGGGACCGACUCCUAUGCCAUCACCUUCAGGGCCAGGGGCAAGGUGAAGCACUGUCGCAUCAACCGGGACGGCCGGCACUUUGUGCUGGGGACCUCUGCCUACUUCGAGAGCCUCGUGGAACUUGUUAAUUACUAUGAGAAGCACGCGCUGUACCGGAAGAUGCGCCUGCGCUACCCUGUGACCCCUGAGCUGCUGGAGCGCUACAACAUGGAAAGAGAUAUAAAUUCCCUCUACGAUGUCAGCAGGAUGUACGUGGACCCAAGUGAAAUCAACCCUUCUAUGCCUCAGAGAACCGUGAAAGCUCUGUACGACUACAAAGCCAAGCGAAGUGACGAGCUGAGCUUCUGCCGUGGGGCCCUCAUCCACAACGUCUCCAAGGAGCCCGGGGGCUGGUGGAAGGGAGACUAUGGCACCAGAAUCCAGCAGUACUUCCCGUCCAACUACGUCGAGGACAUUUCAACAGUUGAUGUUGAGGAACUGGAAAAGCAGAUUAUUGAAGACAAUCCCUUAGGGUCUCUUUGCAGAGGAAUCUUGGACCUCAAUACCUACAAUGUUGUGAAAGCCCCCCAGGGGAAAAACCAGAAGUCUUUUGUCUUCAUCCUGGAGCCCAAGAAGCAGGGUGAUCCUCCUGUGGAGUUUGCCACGGACAGGGUGGAGGAGCUUUUUGAGUGGUUUCAGAGCAUCCGAGAGAUCACCUGGAAGAUCGACACCAAGGAGAACAACAUGAAGUACUGGGAGAAGAACCAGUCCAUCGCCAUCGAGCUCUCGGACCUGGUUGUCUACUGCAAGCCCACCAGCAAGACCAAGGACAACUUGGAAAACCCCGAUUUCCGGGAAAUCCGCUCUUUCGUGGAGACGAAGGCCGACAGCAUCGUCAGACAGAAGCCCCUUGAUCUCCUGAGGUAUAACCAAAAGGGCCUGACCCGCGUCUACCCGAAGGGACAGAGAGUUGACUCUUCAAACUAUGAUCCCUUCCGCCUGUGGCUGUGUGGCUCCCAGAUGGUGGCACUCAACUUCCAGACCCCAGACAAGUACAUGCAGAUGAACCACGCGCUGUUCUCGCUCAACGGGCGGACGGGCUACGUCCUACAGCCGGAGAGCAUGCGGACAGAGAAGUACGACCCGAUGCCACCAGAGUCGCAGAGGAAGAUCCUGAUGACUCUCACUGUCAAGGUUCUUGGUGCCCGCCAUCUCCCCAAGCUUGGGCGCAGCAUCGCUUGUCCCUUCGUAGAGGUGGAAGUCUGUGGAGCCGAGUAUGACAACAGCAAGUUUAAGACGACGGUUGUGAAUGACAAUGGCCUCAGCCCUGUCUGGGCUGCAUCGCAGGAGAAGGUGACAUUUGAAAUUUAUGACCCAAACCUUGCAUUCCUGCGCUUUGUGGUUUAUGAGGAAGACAUGUUCAGCGACCCCAACUUCCUGGCUCAUGCCACGUACCCCAUUAAAGGCAUCAAAUCAGGGUUUAGAUCUGUUCCUCUGAAGAAUGGGCACAGCGAGGACAUCGAGCUGGCUUCCCUCCUGGUUUUCUGUGAGAUGCGGCCUGUUCUGGAGAGUGAAGAGGAACUUUACUCCUCCUGUCGCCAGCUGCGGAGGCGGCAAGAAGAGCUGAACAACCAGCUCUUUCUGUACGACACGCACCAGAACCUGCGCAGUGCCAACCGUGAUGCCCUCAUCAAGGAGUUCAAUGUCAAUGAGAACCAGCUCCAACUGUACCAGGAGAAGUGCAACAGGAGGUUGAGAGAGAAGAGAGUCAGUAACAGCAAGUUUUACUCCUAGAUGUGAGUGUACGUGUGGGGGUAUCUGUGUGUGCAUGUAGGAAAACGUGCUGUUUGGUUCCUGGGAAGAGGCUAAUCUGUGACAUUGUCCUGUCUCCAAGUCUGCCUUCAAGAUGACGUUUCUGAAGAAGCCCUAGCUGGCAUGAGUUGGGGUGAUUUCCUGCUAAUUUUUCCUCACUAGGACAACUUUUUUUUUUUAACUUAUAUUCUCUAUAGAGAAUUGCCCAAAUGUGCUCAUUUUUGGUGUCUUAUAUUCCAAACCUCAUUGAAUAAAAGCAACAAAAAAAUCUUGGUCAGUUAAGCCUUCUAUGCAUGACCUAUACCAUGAAUAGGAUUUCUUUUCUGGUGAACAAGAUUCUACUAAUGACCCAGGUAAUUGACUUCCACAGAAGAUGAAUCAGAAAUGUAAGAAACUAAUUAAUUAGAUUCUGAAAAGAAUUUUAACUAAAAAGCAGAUGGUUCCACAGAGAAGCCUGCCCUGUGAGUACCCAGCUCAGUGCACAUUCCCUACCAUGGGCAACUGCCUGCAUGGACCACCACAGGCCCCAGGAAAGAGCUGGGUGAUGGCUUUUGUUCAUUAGGACAAUUUCCAAUUAAUGGCAGAGGCUUGCUUUGUCAAUAGAGUUACUGGGGGUGGGAAUCUUGGGGCCUCUGUUUUAAGAAGGCUUUCAGAGCUCAGGUUCUGUGGAGGCUCCUCCCACCCCUCUUCUGCCUGCUGCUGGGAGUCUCUGCCACUCCUCACGCCCAGGCUCUGUGGCGCUGACUGGCAGCAGCUGGGAAAGCCCUGGGUCCUCAGACAAGGUUAGUUGCUGGUUUAAAGAGGACAAAAGUUGAAUUUGUGGGGGAAUGUCUCUGGGUUGUUCGGUUUCUGGAGCAGUGAGCUAAGCUCUCAGGGAUUGAGCACUAGAGUGUUGUAGAAAACUGCAGAUGCACCUUCUCCCAGCAGGGGAAGGCACCUCCAUCAUGAUUACACAUGUGGCUCUGCAUCCUGAGCUCAAUUUCAAUGACUUAGUAAGCCUUUUAAAGGAGAGGAUCAUGCUGGGUCACUAGAGUCACAAGUUAGAGUGACUUGAAACUUGAGGAAACAGGUGUACAUAUGAAAAACAAGUGCGGUGUAGAGGAACUAGUUAGCAGUAAACUGGUGCUUUGGUUGGGUGGAAUUUGGUCCUAGAAACCCAUUCAAUCCUCCCCCGGUUAUACAAAAUGUCGGGCUCAGUGUGCAUGUAUUGUUGGCAAGCAAGUCAGGCCCUGUCUGACCUAAAGGCACUCUCCCUCGAGUCCGCAAAAACUUACUGAGCACCUCCAUAUGCCAAGCACAGUGACAGUUUUGACCAUGAGAAAUAUCUGUGGUUACUGGUCUCACGGACCUAUAUCCAUCCGUGAGCUCCUGGAAGAGGCAAUUACCUUCCCCAAAGCCAGGAACAGCAGUCUGUGGCCGGCGGUGGGGUGGGGGGGGCUCUUACCGUGGGACAUUAUUUAUUGCUCUGUGAGUUGCUGUUUUGUGUGGCAGUCAGCAUCAAAAGUCCUCAUAACAGUCACCGUUCAAAGCGACUUUCAAGAAAGGCAAGGAGCUGAAGUGCCACGGGGAAGGAAGUUUCACACUGUCCAGCCAGUGCCCCGCUGGCUGGUGCCCAGGCAGCUACUGGUGCCUACCCCACGAGCGUGACAAGUACCCCAGUCCCUUUUAGCCAUAUCAUUACCCUACCCAGAAGCUCCCACAUCACUCUGUAUUAAGCCAAAUUCCAAGCCCACAUCUCCUUUCACUUAAAACAGACUUUUGACUACUGUAUCAUUUUGGCUACUGUAUCAAAGAUAUGGAGAAGUAGCAGAAAGACCAAAGCUUGAAGAAGUGAGGCUUGUCUUUGCCUGCUGCUGUGUGGAGACUUGCCCAGCUGACCCUGUGGGAAAGGCAGGCAGGGGCCAUCACAGCGAUGCUGGGAAGAACCCGUCUCCUCCUCCUGGUGCUCCAGUGAGAGCCCACCUUUAGAGAGUACUUGCUUUGGCUCUUCUGUCCUUCCCUUAAUAGGGUCAUGUAUUGAUUGGUUUUUGGUAAUGUCAGGGACCAAGUGAAUUCUCAGGAAAGAAAUAGAUGAUAUCAUGUUUCUUCCCAGAGUCUGGAUGCCACAAAGCCCAGUCAUCUAGCUGAGAUGGCUCACCAUGCGACUUAAACCACUGGCUAUAUUGCAGGGUGAUGCAACAUUCCGACAGAUGGCAGCAGCCCUAUGGGCCCCUGCUGCCAGUGCAUGGGUGUCACAUGACUUGUUUGCCAAUUCCUUACAUGUGCUAUUGGGAAUAUUGAUUACUACAUGGAAAAAAAAUAAAUGGAGGAGGUUGGUUGGGUUGUUAAGUUUGGGAAACUUAGGUUGUACAAAGCUAAAUUUCCCCAUGGUGAGACUUAGAUAUGCAAGAGGUAAGAGGGGUGUCCAGAAUCAUGUUCCCCAAUUCAAUCUCAGAAUCCUUUGGCCAAGCAGUGGCUGAGAGAUCAGUGUACAUAGGAAACAUCUGAGGAUCUGAUGGUCUAUUAAGAAGGAAGCUAGACAACAAAAUCUAGUAAUUUACAUGUUUUCUGACCUGGUUAAAAAUUUAACCUCAAGCCACCAAACCAAGGCCAGUGACCUUUGAGCCACCCAUGCCAUGGCAGGCCAGCCUUACCCCUGCGGCAAAGAGCCUUUCAGGUAUCUGUUUUCAGAUCCUCAUCUCCUAUUGCACUUGUUCCUAAGAGUCAUCUACCUUUAGACGAUGCCCUUUUUAAUCUUGCAAAAGAAAACAAGUUUCCCUCAUUUCCUAUCUACUGGAGACCAGGACCCAAGGUAGAGAAUUCAAAAUAUGGAUGUUUGGUCUAAACAGGGUGCAGACCUUUUACAAACUGGGCAGUGCCUAAUUCUUUGCUUUCACAAAAUGGAUGAGACACUCAAGAAAUUUCUGUCUUUGGACAUGUGCCUGUGAGAGGAGACGGAAGAACUUGGAUAAUGCUAUCACAAAACUUCCUCCGCUCCGGUUCCUCAUCUGUGUGAGAAGGGUCAUCACAGCUUCCACAUGUAACAGGGAGAAAGGGCAUCCGCACCUUGGCUCAUUCUGAAAACAUUAAUUCACAGGUAGAUAAAAUAAUUGGAGGAGAAGGCCCUCAUCAUUUCCAAUUAAUAAUCAAUCUCCAUUAAUACAUUUCCAAUGAAGUUUUACUAUGUUUAAUAAUUCAUGUAAAAUUUGUACUCUGUGUUUGCUAAUCAAGCUCCAUCCAGAAGGCAUUUUUUAAAAAGCCUAGGGCCUUAUGAUUAUAUGAUAUUAUGUAAUUUUAUUAAAAAUAAAAUUAAACAAUAUAAAAGCCCUAUGUAAUUAGGCUAAAAUUUCGAGGGGGAAGAGGUAUAAAACUACACAUUCAGGAUAUAAAGGGAAAUGUGGAUUUCCUAUUAAAAAUCGCCUGUUCAUGUCAUUUUUGAAAGAAGGAGUGUCUGUCAAAUAACUUUUAUAUUUAGAGCCUCUUGGCUAAAUUUGAAAAGGGAUUUAGUGGUUUUAUUUGAACAUACUGUACUACAAUAUGCCAGCAUUUACAUCCUUGCAACUGUUUGUGAGGAAAAAUUUUAGAUGUCAAUUUAAGAGAGAUCGGAACAUGACAUUUUAAGAUCACUGAUCCAGGGCCACUAAGUGACCAGUUGUAUUUGGAAGCAAGGAUGGCUACAAAGGGCCCUGAUGCUUUUUACUUUAAAAGGAAUGUCACUCAGCGUUUAACUUGUGUGACAUUUAACUUUUUGGGAGCAAAAAUAUAUGCCUAAUAUGAAUGUGCCUAUAUGUGGUACUCUAGCUGUACCUAAAAGCUGUACUCUAGCCAACAGAAAGUUAAUUAGAUUCAGGAGUAUGCAGAAUUUAAAAAAUUGACAUUUAAGAUUACUCAAUGAGGGGCUGGGGCUGCAGCUCAGUGGCAGAGCGCUUGCCUAACACGGGUGAGGCACUGGGUUUGAUCCUUAGCACCACAUAAAAAUAAAUAAAGGCAUUCUGUCCAUCCACAACUACAAAAAAAUUUAAGAGAUUACUCAGUGAUUUGUUCUAGGUUUUUAGUUGAUCAAAAUAUUUUCUUGAAGAGCCAGAUCACACAGCGAUCCCAUUUUUUUCAGAAAUUUCCACUUUCUUACUUUUCACUAGGCUUUACACAGCUGCAUUUGUAAACUCAAUUCCUUGUUAAAGCUUAAUUUAUUUUUUUAUAUAAAUAUAUGUGCUUGUCUGUGUAUGUAAAGGAUUAUGUGAAUGAGUCACACAGAUGUUGGCUAUGGUUCUUGUGAAAAUUAAAUGGUUGUAUCACAUUUAAAAAAAUAAAAAUUUGGCCUGAAUGAAUACA